UUUUCAUAUUUUUAUAAUCCAAAGCAUAAGUUUUUAUUUCUCUAUCUUCCCUUUGUUUUCUCUCUUUUCUUCUCCCGUUUUCUUCCCGGAAAAUUGCGUCAACCAUCGCUGGUGAAUUGCCGCCAUAAAUACAUCGCGUUGCAUCUACAGCGAGUUUUCGCUACAGAUCUGGUGGAUGAGAGAGAUUUAGGUUUUCUUCUGUUGUUUUUAACGGAUUCUGUCUUGAAUUUGGGAUGAAUUUGAGGAAAAGAAUAGGAUUUUAGGGUUUUUGUUUGGUUUUGAUGGAAGAGCGAAUGAGAUCUGGUGAGCAUUCGGGGAUUGUGGUGAAGAAUAGGAACCAAUUCGGAUGUUUGAUUGUGAGGAAGAAGGGGGAUGGUUUGGGUGGGGCCGGGUCUAUGGGGACCCGAAAGAUUUACGAGUCCAAAAAGGAGAAGAAGAGGCCUAGGAUGAUUAUGAGUGAUUCGGGUUCUAGCGAUGAGCUAGUAAUGCCACCUCGAAGGAGGGUUGGGCCCGAAACAAUUCAAAUUAGUAAUGGUUUAGCUUUUUAUGAAGAAAGUGAAAUUGGUCGGAAGAGGAGUAGGGAAGAGAGAAUAAGGCGGAGUGAGGAAGAUUUCAUUGGUAGGAAUGGAGGGGAUUUGAGUGAGAGUAAGAGGAAUAGGUUAGAUGUGUUUGACUUUAAUGAGUAUGAUGGACUUGAUGAGGAGAGGAUUAUGAGGAGGAACCGAUUUGAUUAUGGUGAAGUGGUUGGCGGGAGGAGACUGUUGGGUUCAAUGCCUGCAGUUGCUCGGAGGAGUAUUGAGAGAGAAUAUGGGAGUGGUCCAAGCAGGCAUGUUUUCCUUGAGAAGAAGAAGAAGAAGAAGAAGAAAAAUUUGUCCUUUAAUAAGAGUGAUGGGGUGAGUCGAGGUGAUCAUGAUGAUAGGAACAGGUUUAGGAAGGAUAGGGAUGGUGGUCGGCUGCAUUACUCCUUGUUGAGGGAGAGUUGUAUGGCUGAUUUGGAAAAGCCCAUCAGGGUUCAGGGAAAAAAUGGUGUUUUGAAGGUAAUGGUGAACAAGAAAAAGAAGGUUGGUGAGCCUUUGAAAAAUUUUAGUCACUUGGAAGUUGGGGAAGCCCGGAGUGGUUCAAGUAUUGAUGAUACAGUUAGGAGGAACUUGCAUGCCCGUCCAUCAUUGUACUCUGAUACAGAAGUUCCUGAGAAGCCUGUUUCACUUAGUAGUAAAGAGAAAAAGAAAAUGAAUUUGCUAAAGACACCUACAAAUAAAAAGAAAAAGGUCUCUGACUGGGAUUCAGGGGAUAGUGAUACAUCUUUGAAACUUCAAUCAAAGAACAUGGAAGCUUCUAACUCGGCAAAGAGGGUAAGUAGCAAAGUGGAAAAAACACAAGUUGAGCAGCUUCUGCCUGCCAGAAUCGGAGAAGGAAAAGUUAGGCGUGGAUGUGGCACAGAAAAACAGAAAUUACGUGAACGAAUAAGGGGGAUGCUUCAAGAAGCAGGCUGGACAAUAGAUUAUAGACCAAGGAGGAACAGGGACUAUUUGGAUGCUGUGUACAUCAAUCCUGCUGGAACUGCUUACUGGUCCAUCAUCAAGGCAUAUGAUGCGCUUCUAAAGCAGCUAGAUGAGGAAGAUGAGGGCAAACCUGGUGGGGAUGGUUCUGCAUUUACCCCAUUAUCAGAUGAAGUACUCAGCCAAUUAACUAGGAAAACACAAAAGAAGAUGGAAAGGGAGAUGAAAAAGAAGCGAAGAGGUGACAGUGAGUAUGUAGAAGAAGCUGUUGCUCGGAAAUCUUCAAGUACCAGGCAUGAAGAUGAGAGUAUGGAUAGCUUGAGUCAUGAAGAGAAACUAAGUUCCUUCAUUAAGCAGGGUAAGUCAUUCAAAUUUAGGAUGAAUGACAAUGGUGUCUUCAGUGGAAAUGCAAAAGGUCAAAGUUCUCACCAUGUUCAUGAUAGCUAUGAAAAGCCAUCCUCUGUAUCCAAUUCUCAUCUUGUUCAUGGAAGAAAAAGUAGAAAACUUGGAAGAUGUACUUUGUUAGUUCGUGGUUCUAAUUUGGGUCUGAGUUCAGAAGGUGAUGACUUUGUUCCAUAUUCUGGGAAAAGAACACUCCUUUCCUGGCUGAUUGAUUGUGGAGCAGUGCACUUGAGCCAAAAGGUGCAGUAUAUGAACCGCAGGCGAACAAAAGUGAUGCUAGAGGGCUGGAUUACAAGGGAUGGAAUCCAUUGUGGUUGUUGUAGUAAAAUCCUCACAGUUACAAAAUUUGAGAUUCAUGCUGGAAGCAAAUUGCGCCAGCCAUUUCAGAAUAUAUAUUUGGACUCUGGUGUUUCUCUCCUUCAGUGCCAAAUAGAUGCAUGGAACAGACAAGAGAAGUCUGAACAGAUUGGUUUCCAUUCUGUAGAUGUUGAUGGUGAUGACCCCAAUGAUGAUACUUGUGGCAUUUGCGGAGAUGGUGGGAAUCUGAUCUGUUGUGACAGUUGUCCCUCAACUUUUCAUCAGAGCUGCCUAAAUAUAGAGUUUCUACCAGCGGGUGAUUGGCACUGUCCAAAUUGCAUAUGCAAAUUUUGUGGCAAUGGCGGCAAUAUUGCUCAAGAGGAUGAUAUAACUGAUUGUGCACUUCUCACUUGCAGCCUGUGUGAGAAAAAAUACCACAAAUCAUGCAUCAAAAUGAUGGAUGAGCUUCAUAUUGAUUCCAACAGUGUGGUUCUUCCUUUUUGUGGGCAGACAUGCGGAGAGCUCUAUGAUCAUUUACAGAAGUAUCUAGGGGUCAAACAUGAACUAGAAGCAGGAUUUUCAUGGUCUCUUGUUCAAAGAACAGAUGCAGAUUCUGACACAAUUGCCAGAGGGCUUUUGCAAAGGGUGGAAUGCAAUUCUAAACUAGCUGUUGCACUGACUGUUAUGGAUGAAUGCUUUUUGCCCAUUGUUGACAGGAGGAGUGGGAUCAACUUAAUAAAUAAUGUCCUUUAUAAUUGUGGAUCGAACUUCAGCCGGCUGAAUUAUAGCGGUUUCUACACUGCUAUUCUAGAGAGAGGUGAUGAAAUAAUUUCUGCAGCAUCAAUCAGGUUCCAUGGAACUCAGCUAGCAGAGAUGCCAUUCAUUGGCACUCGCCAUAUAUACAGGCGUCAGGGAAUGUGCCGUCGGCUUUUCUGCGCUAUUGAGUCGGCUUUCUGCACUCUCAAGGUUGAGAAACUAGUCAUCCCUGCAAUUGCUGAACUUACGCAUACAUGGACUGCAGUUUUUGGUUUCACUUCUCUAGAGAAAUCACUUAAGGAAGAAAUGAGGUCCAUGAAUAUGCUGGUCUUCCCCGGUGUAGAUAUGUUGCAGAAGCUACUGUUGGAGCAAGAAAACACGAAAGCAAACUUGACUGCUGUCACAGGUCCAAAGCAAACUGAAUCAGGAUCUAAUGAAUGUAUCACACCUGAGGCGGCUAAUGAAUCUAAACCUGGUUCCUCAUCUGGGCAUGAUUCUCAACAGUUUGAUGAUGGUGGUUUGCAUCAUGCUAGUCUGAUAAAUGGUGGAACUGCCGCCGCAGAUUCAGAUUCCCAAUGUCCUAAUGUUUCUACCAAUGAUACUGGUGGAACUAGUGGUUCCUUGGAUGCAUCCCUGGAGCCUAAUGUUUUUGUCUCAUUUGAGGGAACUACACUUACUAAGUAUCAAACAGGGGACAAGAGGAACGAAUCUGCAUCAGAUGGUAAAUGUGAAGUUAACCUUUGCUCAAGCCAUGACGCACUUGAGGUGGAGAAUAAGGCAGAACUGGAUUCUCCUGCCGAAGAUAAUAAUCAAUCUCGUACAGAGGGUAUGGAUGAUACCUGUGCAGUAGGUGUUAUUGAAUCUAAAGUCCCAGCCUCUGAAGAUUCGACUGAUUCACGGCCAGGGGACAAGGCUGCUGAAUCUACUUCUGACAGCAAAAAUCUUGCUACCUCAUCUAUGGACUAUAGUGCAGUAGACACGGGAAAUAAAACAGUAUCAAACUCCCUUAUCCAGAAAAAUACUCAGUCCUGUGAAGAGGGUGAUUUGGAUGCUGCCCAUGCAGGUGACGCCAUUGCUGCUGCUUCUGAUGUCAAAACUGAGCUCACCGUUGAAGAGACUAUAUGUACCAUAUCUCAAUCUGGGGACAAGCUAGCCGAAUCUCCUGUCGGAAAAUCUCUUGUUUCUGAUGGAAGUCCUGAAACAGGAUGGAAAAGAAAUUAGAAUCAGAGUGAUGAAGAAAACAUUCAGUCUUCUAAAGGAAGUGAUACGAGCAAUGAUCCAGUUGAUAGUAUAGCUGUUUCUGAUGAACUUGAAGUUGGAAUCUCUAUUGAGGAAAUCACACCUGCCGAUUCUGAGUCCAGGGACAAGUUACCGGCUGCUUCACCGGGUAAAUCUUUUAUCUCUGGUACAAGUGCAAAUCCUGAUGCAUUAGGGAUGGAAAAUAAAUCAGCAUUGAAUAUUCGCAGUGAAGAUUUUAAUCAGUCUUGUGAAUAGCAUGAUGUGUGUGAUCAGAGUUGGAUUGGGGGCAGCAUCCCCCAUUGAAAUACUUUUAACUUUUUGGUUGUAUUAUGUAAUUACCACUAGUUUUAGUAAGGAUACAAUUUUUUCUCCCAUUGAAAUUUAAAAUUGGUAUUUCACUUUAAAAUUUAAAUUUGAUUGUU